ACCAUAGCUUCCAGGUUCCGGGAGAUCUUGCAAAAAUAGGGAGAGUAAAAUGGAUCAGAACUCGGAAGAGAGCAGAUCAGUAGAGGCCAUGAGCAUCUUUGGUCAGAGCAUCGAUGUGAGGAGGCCAGUGAGGAGCAGGAGAAGAGCCACCCAAAAGAAAUUUUCACCUGCGGGAGAAUCACCGGCGAGUCCCAGCGUGGAGAGGCUGCACGUCCACCAGCGCAGGCCCCUCGCGGAGCGAGAGCGCGCCCGUGCCGAGGCCGAGCUGUCGAGGGCAAGUACCAUGGCUAGCGAGCUGGAGCGGCAACUCGAGCAGGCCAACGCAAAGGCGAGGUCUCACAGGUCGGAGUCGGAGCUCCAAAGAACGCGUGCCGCCGGCAGCGGUGGCAGCAGGAGCAAGAAGGUGCUCGCGGACGCCGAGGCACCAGACGCCGUGCAGGCUCAGGAUCAGAGCAACUCGCUGUACGUCGAGGUGAUGCACGAGCUGGACCGCGUCAAGAGGGAGCUCCGGAAACUGCAGCGCGAGGUGGAGGAGGCAAGGGAGGCCAAGGCCAAGGCCGAGGCCGAGAGGGACGCCGAGACGCCGACGCCCAGGGUGCUGAGCUCCGGCUCGCGUCCCCUCGACCGCGUGAAGCGAGAGGCCGGCGAGGAAAGCGAGGACCGCGGCAUAGCAGAGCUCGCCGAAGCCGACGGAUCCCGCAAGGGCAUGCAGUCGCAGGACACGUGGACGCGCGUUCAGAGCCUGCAGAAAGACACGAGCCGCGCGAGUGACCCUGAUGAGAGGUUCGCCACGGCGAGCAGCUCCGACGUGGGGCUCGAGCCCGCGGAGAUGGCGAUGGUGCCAGCGACGGGGGAGGCGGACCACGUCGAGAACGGCGAGUCCGCGCUGACGGUCACGCGACACGGGGAACACGACGAUCGCUCGUCGCUGCAGGCUGCGGCGGAAGCCGAGCUGACCUCGGCGAGGAUAGAGCUGGAGUCCAUCAAAGAAGAGGGCAUCCGGUUCACCAACUCCACGGAACGCACGCGCAGGGAGACGGCGCGGGUCGCCGAGGAGAUCGACCGGCUCACGGAGCAGGAGAAGAGGGCCAGCGCGCAGGUGCAGCAGCUGAGCGCCAGGCUGGUCAGGGCCCGGUCCCGGCUGGACGCCGCCACGGCCGCUGACGAGAGGGCCGAGGCGAUGCUCUCCAAGCUGUCGGCCGCGCUGCGGCAGCUGGGCGAGGAGACCGAGGCGGCGGAGAAGGAGAGGGAGCUGAUGGAGCUGGAGAACCGGUGCGUCCGGGAACACGCGGAGACCGUCGGCGCCGAGAUCGCCGCGUCCGAGCAGAGGAUCCGGGAGUCGGUCAAGGAGCUCGAGGCGGCGAGGGCGUCGGAGGCCGCGGCGACGGUGAAGCUCAGGGCCAUCGUCGGCAGCGCGACGCAGGCCAGGGCGGCCGCGAUGUCGCAGAGGUCCGGGAGCGUGACGAUCCCCAGGUUCGAGUACGAGUACCUGACCGGCCGCACCGAGGUCGUCCGCGCGGUCGCCGUUAAGAAGGUGGCCGCGGCGGAGGCGUGGGUGGAGGCGCUGCAUGCCGGCGAGAAAGAGGUGGUGAUGCGGGCUGAGGCGAUCGAGAGGGAGAUCGGAGAAAUGACAGCCGGAGGCUGCGGAUGAUCAGCGCGCAGGAGAGCGCGAACCACGUGGUGGCUUGCGGCGCGCGCGGACAGAAAGGAGACGAGCACGGGAGGAGGAUGCAUUGCCGACGACGUCGAGGAGGACAGAGACACCGUCGCCAUUUGCGGCGCGAAAGUUCGCCUUCGUUCAGCAUCAAAGUGAAGAAGAGGAGGACACUGGUGCCGAAGUACGUGAAAGGUGAAACUCAUUGCAGGGAAAUGUAGGGGCCAGAUUUGAGUUGCUCAUGUUUUUCACAUACUACUCUGUUCCAACAAAGAAUACAAUUCCGGAUAUGCACUGGACGUCGCAUUGUCCAGAUACAUCGCAAUUGCAUUCUUUUUUGACAGAGGGAGUGAAUGUUACUGUACAUGUACACCAGAUCCUCAUGUUCUCAA